AUGGAUCCAGAUACAUAUGACGCAUACGUACGUUACGCAGAUAUGUGGAUCGAGGACCUUAGAGCAUUGUGCCGAUCCCUUGGCGUAGACUCUCACGGUAAUCAAGCUGAGCUCAUACAAGGCAUCCUGGAGCAUGAUGCUCGGAUGCAGAUGGAAGCCUCACGCAAUAUGGACGAAAGGCUUCCAAGUGGCCGCCCUACCAACGAGGAGAUUCCUCUGCAUUUCGAUCAUACCGCAACUAGAUAUAGAACCCAAAUUCAUUCGACCUUCGACGAUGCUGAAGUAGGAGACAAAUUGAUAGGUCCACGGAGCGCAAGCAGAUACAUAGAGAAAAUGGAGGAGAAGGAGCAGGAAGAAUACAAAAGAGAGAUGCGAGAGUUGAGUGACGACCUAGGCGAAAUGUUGGGAUAUAGUGCAAAGACCGGCGAGCGCGAGGUAUCAAAAAGCGAGAACGAAAACUCGGUACCCAGCAUAAACAAGCAAAAUGAGGAGGUUAGGACGCCCAAGGCUCAGAGGCUGAUAAGGGAUCCCAGCUCGGACAUACUCUUCCCUGAAGGAAAAGCACCCACGAUGUCGCCUUUCGACGAGUUUGCCGCGAUGGAGAAAGAGAAGAAGAAGCCGAUGAACAUGAAAAUUCAAAUGCCAGACAAGACGGUAGAUAUUAGCGGGCAAGCAGCAACUCAAGCUACAGAUCAGAAAGAAUGUUUGAGGUUCUCCUUGGUGGACCUACAAUCAGAGAUCACGACUCCUCCUGAUGGACAUGGUGAGAAAGUAUCUCCUCUAUCUUUCUGA